AUGGCAUCAUCUACUGUAUUUAGUUUACUGUUCUUUGUUACAAUUUUUUAUUUGACAACAUGUAAGAAAGUUACCAUUGAGGAUCUAGGACCGCUAGAAACCGGCCUUCGAGGCUAUUUCCAAACGGGCAAAGCUACAGACGAGUUUCUCGAAACUUUACAUUCCUAUGAAUUUCCUUAUUUGCUUAGAGAUGGAAUGGAAAAAGUUUACGACAGUGCGACCAUCUGCUACAUGUGUAGUUUAGUUGUCGAUUUUGUGAUCAAUCAACGAAAAAAUGCGGGAAUUAGUCGCGAAACUAUUCUCGAUGAAGCUACUUUCUUAUGCACUGAAUUAAAAAUGGAGACUGAUAGGGUUUGUAAGGGCGAAAUGGAGCUCAAUAUUGAUAUAUUCUUGUAUACAAUUGACAAUUACCCAAAUUUUACUUCGAAUAGAGUUUGCGGUGCAUUUCUUCAAGCUCACGAUUGUGACACUGGUGAUGCUUUCAAAUGGUCAAUUGAUUUACCUUCUGGUAAUUCACCGCAACGUCCAAAACCCAACGGAACAGAUACUUUCACAAUUUUACAACUUAGUGAUAUUCACUAUGAUCCUAAAUAUACUCCCAAUGGAAAUGCUCUUUGUGGUGAACCUAUUUGUUGCCAACCGGACCAAGGCGAGCCUUCAAGUCCUGAAAAUGCCUGUGGGUAUUGGACGGAUUAUAGAGACGCUGAUAGUCCGUGGUAUUUAGUAGAAGAAACAGUCAGACAAACAAAAACUCAGCAAGUUGACUAUGUUUAUUACACUGGUGAUAUUAUUGCUCACCGAAUUUGGGAAACUAGCAUUGAAAGCAAUACGGAAGCUAUAAGUAAAUUGUAUUCAUAUUUUAAAGAUAGUUAUGAUGUUCCAGUUUAUCCGAUUUUUGGAAACCAUGAAUCUCAUCCUCAUAACGUGUGGCCUUAUGAUAACGUUGAUGAUAAAUUAAGUAUGAAAUGGUUGUUUGAAUUAGCGGCAAAACACUGGUCCGAGUUGAUUGGUGAAGAUAUUAGCAAAACGGUUUUAAAAGGUGGUUACUAUUCUGUUAGUCCUAGACCUGGAUUCAGGAUUAUUGGUAUUAACAGUAAUGUUGCUUAUACUGACAAUUGGUGGUUGAUGUACGAUGAUGUUGACCCUUAUGGGCAAUUGCAAUGGUUAGCUAACACUCUUAAAAAAGCAGAAGAUAAUAACGAAAGUGUUCAUAUACUGACUCAUGUUCCUACUGGUACUUUUUAUAGUUUAAAAGUUUGGAAUAGGGAAUAUACAAGAAUUCUUGAGAGAUUUGCUAAUACCAUUACUGGGCAUUUUAAUGGGCACACCCACAGAGACGAGUUUUCUGUUUAUUACAACCGUUCAAACCCGAUUCAAGCUAUCGGAGCCGUUUUUAACGGAGCUUCAGUAACUCCUUAUUAUCUUGCCAAUCCAAGUUUUAAAUAUUACCGCGUUGAUGAAACCACUUUUAAUUUACUAGAUUUCGAAGAGUGGACUUUUAAUUUAACUCUUGCCAACUCUUAUGGCUCUUCAAAGUUACCAGAAUGGUACAAAUUGUACAGUUUUGUUGAAGCUUAUGGUGUGGAUAAUUUGCUUCCUUCUGAAGUUGAUAAAAUUUUGUACAAAAUGACGGAAGACCACUCUCUUCUUGACAAUUACUUCAAGUUUAAAUAUCGCAAUGGUGACCCUGGUAUUAAAAAUGGAUGCGAUGACUCAUGCAAGAAAACAUUGCUCUGUAGUAUUGUAACAACAGUGUAUAGGGAAAACGAGCAGUGUAACCGUUUCAUGAAUUUGUACGAUCAGUAAUUGUAA